AUGAGAAUAAAGACGGCCUUGGAGGCCGAACAAUAUAUAGGAACGGCAAAGGAAGCCGAAUAUGAAGAAAUUUGCAAACCGGAGGAGUGCCUAGACUUGGAUCAUUUUAAUGAAGACAGAUUAGAGCCGGUUCUUGAUUGUAUAUAUGAUGAUGAACCCCUUGGAUUCGAGCAAUCUUUAGAUCCCAUGUUAAAAAUGCAGGCUCAGGAUCCUUUGGAGGAGGUUGAUUUAGGAGAUGGGACCAAGAAAAGGCCGACGUAUGUAAGUUCGUUGAUCGAUUCGGGUUUUAAGAAUCGGAUUGUUAGUUUGUUGCAGGAAUACAAAGAUUGCUUCGCAUGGGAUUAUGACGAAAUGCCGGGUUUAAGCCGGGAGUUAGUGGAGUUGAAGUUACCAAUUCGGCCUGGUAGGAAACCAGUGAAGCAAGCCCCAAGGAGAUUCGCCCCGGAGGUGUUCUCAAAGAUAAAAGAGGAAGUGGAGCGCUUACUUGGAGCAAAGUUCAUACGAACAGCCAGGUAUGUCGAUUGGUUAGCUAAUGUAGUUCCUGUACUUAAGAAAAAUGGUAAAAUGAGGGUUUGCAUAGAUUAUAGAGAUUUAAAUUCGGCUACGCCGAAAGAUGAAUAUCCCAUGCCUGUGGCCGAAAUGAUGGUAGAUUCUGCCGCAGGAAAUGAAUAUUUAAGUUUACUGGAUGGAUAUUCGGGGUAUAACCAAAUUUACAUUGCAGAGGACGAUGUGUCGAAGACUGCAUUUCGGUGUCCAGGGGCACUAGGAACAUAUGAAUGGGUGGUGAUGCCGUUCGGUCUUAAAAACGCCGGUGCAACUUAUCAGAGGGUAAUGAACACUAUCUUUCAUGAAUAUAUUGAGAAAUUUAUGCAAGUGUAUAUCGAUGAUAUUGUAGUAAAGUCGAAAUCUCAGGAUGUUCAUAUCGAACAUCUUAAGUUGUCAUUUGAAAAAAUGAGAAAGUACGGUUUGAAAAUGAACCCACUCAAGUGUGCCUUUGGUGUAAUUGCAGGGCAAUUUCUGGGAUUCAUUGUUCAUAAGAAGGGCAUUGAAAUCGACCAGAAUAAGGCGAAAGCAAUCUUCGAUACUCAACCACCGUCGAAUAAAAAACAGUUACAAUCUUUGUUGGGCAAAGUUAAUUUCUUGAGAAGGUUUAUCAUGGAUCUAAGCGGGAAAACCAAGGUAUUCUCCACAUUGCUUCGACUCAAGAAAGAACAAGAGUUUCAAUGGAUGGAAGAACAUCAGGAGGCGUUUGAGGAAAUAAAAGCCAGCUUAACAACGGCACCAGUCAUGGCUCCUCUCAUUCGUGGAAAACCAAUGAAACUCUACAUUUCGGCAUCAGAGGAAACUAUUGGCAGUGUGUUGGCUCAAGAUGAUGAAGAUGGAAUCGAAAGGGCUAUAUAUUAUUUGAGCCGAAUCCUUAAUGAUGCCGAAACUAGAUAUAGUUUAGUAGAAAAAUUGUGUUUAUGUUUGUAUUUUUCAUGUACUAAACUUAAGUACUAUAUUAAACCUAUUGAUGUAACUGUUAUUUCCCAUUAUGAUAUAAUAAAGCAUAUGCUGUUCAAGCCCAUUCUUCAUAGUCGAAUUGGAAAGUGGGCGUUGGCCCUUACUGAGUUUUCUUUAAGUUAUCAACAUUUAAGGGCUAUGAAAGGCCAAGUAAUAGCUGAUUUUUUGGUUGAUCAUAGUGGGUCGAAAGAACAGGAGACGGUGGUGACGUUGAAACCUUGGGAAAUGUAUUUCGAUGGUUCGAGGCAUAAGAAGGGGACCGGGAUAGGUAUCUUGGUAAUUUCACCCCAAGGAAUCCCGACAAAAAUUAAGUUGGGCAUCGAAGGUGAGUGUUCGAAUAAUGAGGCGGAGUAUGAAGCUUUAUUGAUAGGGCUCGAAACGGCUCUAAACUUGGGGGCUAGAGAGCUCUUAAUUCGUGGAGAUUCAGAGUUGGUUAUUAAGCAACUAACUGGUGAAUACCAAUGCGUUAGUGAGAAUUUAAUGAAAUAUCAUUCGAAAGCAGUUAAAAUGUUAAGAAGUUUUGAUGAAGUCGAAUUAUGUCAUAUCCCUAGGAUCGAGAACGCUGAAGCGAAUGUUUUGGCACAAAUUGCGUCAGGUUACCGGCUACCUUGGAAAAAGUUUAAAGAGCUAGUAAAGGUCAAAAGAAAGUUUAUUCCUAGUUUUAAGGAAAGGAAAGUGGAGUUCGAGCAGGAGGUAUUGGUCAUUAGUAAUUUGGAUGAUAGUGAUUGGAGGAAACCUGUUGUGAAAUACUUGCAAAACCCAAAUGCACCAACAGAUCGAAGAACAAAGUAUCGAGCUCUAAGUUACUUGAUUUUGGAUGACGAAUUGUUUAAAAAAGGGGUGAAUGAAGUUUUACUAAAGUGCCUAAGUGAAGAAGAAGCGCUUCGAGCAGUCAAGGCCGUUCAUGAUGGUACGUGUGGGGCGCAUCAGGCUGGCCAUAAGAUGAAGUGGACAUUGUUUCGACAAGGAGUAUAUUGGCCAAAUAUGUUAAAAGAUUGCAUUGAAUAUGCCAAAUCUUGUGCCGAAUGUCAGAAGCAUGCUGGCAUCCAACAUGUACCGGCAAGUGAGUUACAUUCGAUCGUGAAACCCUGGCCAUUUAGGGGGUGGGCGUUGGAUUUGAUAGGUCAAAUACAUCCUUCUUCGUCUAAACAACAUGACUAUAUAAUAGUGGCUAUCGAUUACUUCACUAAAUGGGUCGAGGCCAUUCCGCUGAGAGGUGUCGACCAAGAUACGGUUAUUAGUUUUAUUCAAGAACACAUAGUAUUUAGAUAUGGGAUCCCUGAGACGUUAACUACUGACCAAGGGUCAGUAUUUACUGGAAGGAAAAUGGCUCAGUUUGCUGAGGAUUUUGGAAUAAAACUGUUAACUUCAACGCCAUAUUAUGCUCAGGCGAAUGGACAAGUCGAAGCAGCUAAUAAAGUUUUAAUUAACUUGGUUAAGAAACACAUUAGUCAAAAGCCGAGAAGGUGGCAUGAAACUUUGAGUUAA